UUCUUUCAGCUCAUUACAAGCUGUGCGAGUAAAGCGCACUAACGCAUAACGCAUAGCGAUAGUAUUUAACGGCAUUUUUAGAAAACUCUUACAAUGGAAGACCGAGCAAUAAGUUGGCAUUAUAUUUUGCUAAUUUCAUUACUGCAAAUAUUCUUGUUAACACUUCCGAUUGACGGUUCAAGGAUUGUCUUCAAGGUGGACGAGGAAUAUGAAGGCAAAAAUUGUACUGCACCGAAUGGUUCGACUGGUAUUUGUUUGUCCUAUAACAAAUGUCGUGAUUUAACGCAAUGGAAAGUGCAAAAUAAUUUACGAAACAAAAGUGAUUUGCUAAAAAUGUUUUGCGGCAAUAGUCGUAUUAUUGUCUGCUGCAAUCAAACCAAUCCCUACUACUCUGACAGCAAUUAUAUAUCGAAAUUAAAUCCUAAAGGCUUGGCCAUACUUGAAGCUGUGGAAUGUAGUCGACCAAAAGGCGAUCGUAUAUCUAAGGGGAAAAAAGUGGCAAUGGGUGAAUAUCCAUUUAUGGCGACAUUAGAAUAUAAUGUCGAAGGUCGUAGAUUUCUCUGUGCUGGUACAUUGUUAACAUCCAGAUUUGUGUUGACGGCAGCGCAUUGCAUACAUUCGCAUUUAAUAAGCGUACGCUUGGGUGAACAUGAUUUAUCGACGGAAAUCGAUUGUACGCCGAGCAGUCUGCGCUUGUGCUUGCCAAAGCCUGAGGAUUACAAAAUUGAAAAGACCAUCAUACAUCCCGAUUAUAUGAAACCACGAUUUGCAAAUGAUAUAGCCUUAAUCAAAUUGGAUCGUGAUGUAAUAAGAACUGUCAAUACUAAGCCAAUCUGCUUGCCCAUAACACAACUAGUUUAUGACAACAGCGAUUCAAUAGAUUAUUAUAAAAUUGCGGGUUGGGGACGUACUGAAAAUGGCACCAACACGGACGUUUUGCAACAUGCAGAAAUCCCCCAUCAAAAACGUGAAGUUUGUCAGAAUAUCUUCAAGCAAGCGGGCGUAGAAAUUACAGACAAUCAGAUUUGUGCUGGCGGUGAGAAUGAAGUUGAUACUUGUAAAGGUGAUUCUGGUGGUCCUCUAUUUGCUAUGGUACCAUUUACGAAACUCGGUGAAACUGAAAUAAAUCGACAAGUACAAUUCGGUAUUGUUUCGUUCGGUUUGAGUGGUUGUGGUGGUAAAACUGCAAGGGCGGCGGUGUAUACGAAUUUAUUUUCCUUUAUGCCUUGGAUCACGGAUAUUAUAGCGAAUAAUGCGUAGCUUAUUUAUGAAUAAAAAAUUAUUUAUAUUAUUUGUUAUAUUGUAAUUAGUAAGUAUUAUUGAGUUAUUCUCAAAAUUAUAGAUACAAUAAAUUAAUAACUUACUCGCUAAGAAUUCAAAACAUCGGAAAAUCUGUCAAAACGUACCGGAAGUAACGGAAACGCCAUGUACAAAAUAUUCAACUCAGCUGUUUUCUUUAUA